UUCCUAUUAAUCCCGUUUUCCAAAAGCAAACAAACAAAUAUGCCUGCUGGCCAGCAGGAGGCGCUGUGAGGCAGCCCUCGUGCUCCACACUGUUUCACUUUAGUUCUGACAAAUUAAACGUAAUUAUGACGUCAUCCAUAACUGAACAAUCAGCUUCCAAACAAUAACGCCGUCCGACACAGUGUUCGGUCUCAGGUGGACGACAAACGACGUGUCGGACGCCACCUCGGCGUCCUUCCAGGUCGACUUACGGUGACCUCGCCCGGACGUCAGCCUUCAACAAGAAACCGUAAAGCACCGUGUGGUGGGACGCCUGAGCGCCCGCUGAGCCCUGAUCCAGGAGCCUGCAGUGUUCGGUGGACACGAGUUACUUGAUGAUUUGUGAACGAUUCCACGUGUUUUAGUGGUUUUUUCGUGACAUUCGGAAGCUCGCUGGAUUUGACAUGUAUUUCACGGGCUCGAACUGGUUUCCAUGGAAACACUGCGACCAGUCUGAGAGCAGCUGGCUGUGGCGUUUGGAGGCGAUGCUACGUGUUAGCACGUGCAGGUGUGAUGUCAUCUUUUCGAUGAAAAAAGGUGACGCCUGCAGGUGAUUGGACGAGAACUCUUGUGUGCUGGGGGAGCAUUUCCAUUGGUUCUCAUGUGUCUGUGACACAGGUGAAGCUGGACGCAGUGACCCUGCAGAGAAAUGUGGACUCAGCGCCUCGUUUGCGUGUAAUCGUCCGUCUGAGCGUCACGUCAGAGACGGUAACGCUGCAGCUUCACGAGGAGAAGUCGAGGAACUCGAGUGUGAACGCUGCAGGGCUGAAAAUAAAAAGCGAGGUGUGCAGCCGAGGAUCGUAAAACAAGCCACGCCCUCCCGCAGGAAAGGAGUUGUGCUGGUGAGGAGGAGGGGGGCAUGCAGAAGACCGCAGGAGAAAGGGAGGAGGACAUGCUGACUAUCAACCUGACGCAGUGACUUGAGUGACGCCUCAGUGAUGUUUCAUGGAUGUCGGGUCAGAUUCAUCAGCCGGAGCACGACCGCUCCGGGCCACGGGUGUCCGCAAGUGUGGCGUUCCUCAUUUGUGGAGGUGGGAGGAGCCUGCCGGAGAAUCAUGUGGAAAGAAAAGACUUCACAGCACGAAGCUGAUUCGGCCGGUGGCACGAUUUCAGUACUCUUCCACACAGACCAGCUGAAGUCCGUCAUGGAGCACGUCCUGGACUUCGCCGUGCAUGAGCUGACGAAGAUCGUGGAGGCGUCAUUCGACGACCUGCUGCUGGAGAUCACCAAGAUGGAGCGAGAGCAGCAGCUGCUGGAGAAGAGGCUGGGAAAGGGCGCUGAACGAGGAGGCGGGGACAAAGGGAAAGGCGGCGGUAGGGGGAGGAGGGGCUCGGAGAACGACUCUGUGUCCCCGAGCGGCUCAGAAGACGCCCGUGAGGAGGUCGCUGUGGUCACUGCGUCCAAAGAGACGCCGCAGACACACGUCCCGGAGCGUCCCCCCGUCCUGUCUGUCUCUCAGGACUGGGUUCCCAUCCUGGACAAAGUCUUCGGUCAGAAGUGGUGCAGCGACGUCUGGAACGUCAAAGAGAUUGGCGGGGGUGGAGGAGGAGGAAGUGGGCGGGGGUUAGGAGAGAGUGUGACUCAUAUUAUCCCCGCCCCCACCCCGGCAGUGACCCUGGAGCCCUCCCCCUCCUCCCCACAGCAGGACCCCCGCUGGACUCCUUUGGAGGACAUGGAGGUGUUUUCUCCCGAUGAAGAUGAAGCUGCGGGCAGUCUGAUAAGCGCUGCCGCCGCUGUCAGACCUCCACCCGGACCUCCACCCGGACCCCCCCUCAGCCCCACAUGUCAACGGUCCUCAGCCUCCAUGCUUCAUCGCCUCCUCACGCUCCCCUCCCAGCUGCUUGAUGACGAUGAGGAAGCCACCGCCAAGGAGACGCUCGGCUGUCUGGCGUUUGACGGCUCCAUCAGGCCGCAAGACGCUGUCGAGCCGCCUGCUCAGACUGGCAGAGAGGAGGAGGAGGAGGAGGAGGAGGGAGAGGAGGAAGACGAGGAGGAUAAAGGGAUGAAGCGGAAGCGGCGGCGGGUUUGGUCUGAGUGCGAGGAGUGCGGCCGCAGGUUCAGCCGGAUAGCCCUCCUGAAGGCUCACCGCCAGACUCACAGCGCUGGAAACGCCGCCACAUCAUCGCCUUCAUCGCCGCCCGCCGGAGCUGCCUCGCCACUCCGCUGCUCCGACUGCGGCAAAAGGUUCUCCUCGGCAACACGUCUCCACAGCCACAUCCGGACUCAGCAUCACAGCGACCAAUCCUGAUCUGGGACCAGACGGUACGCAGGCGAGAGCAGCGGGACGUUUUAUUCUGUUACACAGACCGUUUGGAAGGCCACAGGAAGUAACUGCAAAACUGACCUCUAAUCAGAGUGGCCUGCUCUCAUUGGUACCCCCGGAGCAGGAUCCCGGGUUCUGAACGAUCCGGCUCAGCGACAGGAAACGUUAGAGCGAAAACGUUCUGCCAAAGUUUUUUUUUUUCUAACUUUGAUGUUUGUUUCUUAAAAUAUUUAAAAUUCCUGAAAGUUUUCAGGUCUCUAACUUUUUUAUUUCUCAACCAGAAAAACUUUAGACAAAACAGAACACAGUCGCGGGCUGCGUCUGAAGUUCGUUUCGAUUAUUUUCAGAUUAUUUUUUUAAUUCAGUAAUUUUUCUGAAAUUUGAGCUCAAAACAGAAAGAAAUCUAAAAUUGUCACGUUUACUAACGUUUGGUCUGGAACAAACUGCUGAAACUGUUUGAUUUCAGUUUGACAGGAAGACGAGCGAGGAAAAAUCUGACAUUUAUUUGAAGUUUAUUAGAACAAUUUCAAAAAUAAAGCCUCAAAUUCAGGAGGAAGAUCGGUGUAAAGUCUGCAUGUCUUUGGGUUUAUACGGAGGCCAAUUCGCACAUUUGAGAACCUGGAAACGUUUUUUGGAGGUGACUCGACAGCGUGAAUCUGAACCAGUGCAGAAACUUUUGAGGCGGAGGAGGUCAAAGGUCAGGGGUAACUGAGGGAAAACACGCACACAUCCUCCUCCUGUAAAUUGUAGGCUUGUUUUGGCUUCUUUGCUCGCUGCCUGCUGGUUUGUGUCUGUGCGGCGUGCACACGUUUUCUACUCGUUUGGUUUUGAAGUGCCCUUUUUUAGGUUUCUCUUUGGAUUAUCAUCGAGUCCAUGUCUGUGGUUUUAUCAGCGUUCCUCGAUCGCUCCGAGGACGAAAACACACAGGGAAGGAACAACUUCCUGUCCAUCGGAGGGGUCUUCAGUUCCAAUGCGAAGCUCAGCGGUGAGCUCCUUCCUCCUUCCAUCUCACCAACACAAAAUGUGUCACACUUGCAGAAUUUCUUUGUUUUCUCAUAUUUUGUUGUUCAGACAUAAUUGAACUCCAUGAAGCUACGAGUCGCCUCAGCGUUAGCAUUUUACCCACAGCUCAGACUGGUUAAACCAGCUGAGCUCACAGCAGUCAUAUUAUGGGGUGAGGUGAAGCUAGCAGCUACAGCCGCCUGUGUCACCAACCACCUAUCUGAGGCCACGCCCCUAAUAAUGCAACCUUUAAACAGGUGAGUUGUGAAAACAUUCUGCCCUGUACAGGUUCUACAAAGGAGGAAAUGAUCCACAGAGACCAACGUGUUUAUUUUAACAUGGGAGUCUAGGAGGGCUGACUCACUGCUGCCUCUGCUGGGCGUCAGAGGAACUGCAGUCAGUUUUUAUCAUGAAGGCUGGAUUAUGAGAUUGAAACUUUGACUUAUGGUAAAUGGCCUGUAUUUAUAUAGCACUUUACUAGUCCCUAAGGACCC